GGAUGCGCAUGCGCGGAUGUUCCCCGCCCCUUUCUUGUGAGGCUCUCUGCGCAUGCCCGGAUGUUCCCCGCUCCUGUAACAAGCAUGGUGGCAUCUUUCUCCUGGCGGCUCUUGAGCCCGAGAUUCCUCGGGGGGUUUGUACUGGGAGCAGCAGCGAGUAGCGCUUCAUGUGUGGCCGCUCUGCAGCUGUAUGACAAGAGGGAACCCGAACUGGCUCCUGUAGCUCCGGUACAAAAAGACCCUUUGGAAGAAUAUGGCUUUCCGCUCACUGGCACAGAAGCCCGCCAAUAUAUAAACCAUGCUUUAGCCUAUGACCCUGCAAAGAGAACCCCGAAAUGGGUAAUUGAACAUCUCUCCAGAACCAAAACUGUAGGUAGUGCAGACAGAAAACACUGCAAAUUUAAGCCUGAUCCCAAUAUUCCCAAGAUGUUCAGUGCUACAAAUGAAGACUACCUGGGGAGCGGAUGGACAAGGGGUCACAUGGCACCAGCAGGAGACAACAAGUUUUCUACAGAGGCGAUGGCAGAAACUUUCUAUCUGUCCAACAUUGUGCCACAGAACUACGAGAAUAACGCUGGUUUUUGGAAUAGGAUGGAAAUGUACUGUAGGGAUCUGACAAAGAGAUUUGAGGAUGUCUGGGUGGUUUCAGGCCCUCUGGAGUUGCCCACGUCCCAUGAAGAUGGAAAGAAAAGGGUCACAUAUGAGGUGAUUGGAGCAGAUGAAGUUGCUGUGCCGUCCCAUCUAUACAAGGUGAUCCUGGUGAGGGAGAAAGGCUCCGAGCAGCCUCUUGCUAUUGGGGCAUUUGUGGUGCCUAAUUCUCCCAUUGGUUUCGAUCACCAGCUCCCUGAAUACAAAGUCCAACUGGAGGACCUGGAAAAAAUGUCCGGCUUGUUAUUCUUCCCUCAACUGGACAGGGACAAAGGCCUGAAGCCCCUCUGUGACGUGGAUUCCUGCAGACUCAUUCAGCUCCAUGAGUUUAAACUGUACAUCGCUGCACGCAGGGUGGGUGGUGCGAGGAACCUGCAGAAACUGGAGCGGAUCCUCUCUGAAUUAAAGGAAGAGGGCAUCACCCCGGAUGGUUAUUUAUUGGACCUUUAUGAAAAGAAAAGGAAAGAGUUUUCACUCAAGAGCGGGACUGACCGUGAUGAGAGGAAAGGAUAAACGCAAGCAAUAUGGCAGCUCCUUCCAAGCAAUCCCUGUGGAAUAUACCAUGUUUGACAUUUUAACAGAUACAAUUUCUGUGGGUUGUACCAUUAAAGGGGAUGUUCACCUUUAAAUUAACUUUUACUAUGAUGUAGAGACAAUUUGCAAUUGGUCUUCAAUUUUCAUUAUUUGUGUUUUUUUUUUAUUUUUUAAAUAUUUUUGUUCAGCAGCUAUCCCACUUGGCAUUUCAGCAGUUCUGUUGCUAGGGUUUAAAUUACCUUAGCAACAGGCAGUGGUUCAAACGAGAGACCGGUAUAUGAACAGUAAAAGGCCUGAUAAUAAAAAGAAAUGAUAAAAUGUAACCAUAAAAUUGUAGCCUUCCAGAGUAAUAGUUUUUCGCUGCUGGGGUCAGUGACCCCCAUUUUAAA